AGAGAGAGAGAGAGAGAGAGAGAGAGAGAGAGAGAACCUCUUCUCUACCCUUGCAUGCUGAGUUCAGAGUUUGGGAAAACACUGUAGUGUGAGGAGGUUGUAUCAAGCAGAUGAUUCUGACUGAGUGGACUGAAUUUCAUAGGAGACACAAACUGAAAUAGAAGAGGAAACCAACACUCACCAUCUGAUCUGUAAAGGACCCCGGUUUAAAUUGGAUUAUUUGGACUUUCCCCUCUCAAUCGUUGGCAUGGUGAUGUCCUAGAUGACCAGCACCUAUUGAAGCGGCUGCUUGUUCCGGACCACAGUGGACUUUGAGGUUUUUUCUUCUGAGUGUGUGUGUGUGAGUGUGUAUGUGUGAGCGGGACCAUGUCAGGAGGACAUUUCAAUCACCUGUUGAGGGUACUGUGGCUGUGGCAAGCUGUGCUUGUGUCAGGGAGCGAGCUCUGGGAGGUACCCACAGCCCCCUUAGGAUUUUCAUCCAACCAUACAACCAGCCUGGAAUGGGAGCCACAGUGUCAGUAUCGCCACCUGCAGGACGGCGUCAGAAUCACAGCCGACAUUCCCCCAAAACUGGAGGGCAACUGGGUGUCAACCAGAUGUGAAGUUCGGCCUGGCCCUGAGUUCCUGACCCGUUCCUACACCUUCUACCCGAGCCGCCUGUUCAAGGCCCUGCAGCACUAUUACACUGACAGCGGGUGCGAGGAGCCCACCUACUCUCUGGUGGUCCGGGGCAAGCUCCGUCUGCGCCAGGCGUCCUGGAUCACCCGGGGUGCCACCGAGACGGAGCACCACCUCCACAAAGUGGGCAUCGUCAUCCACAGCCAAGGCGCCAUGCACCGGCCGGCCACCCGUCUACCCCAUGUGUGUGUGGGCCUCACCCUGGGCGGCAUGGUGCCCGGGCGCCUCUACGAGCUGUACAACGCCCAGGCAGGGAGGGACUGUCUGGGUGCCCUGGGGUUCUCAAUGAUGGAACUGGGCUUGGUGAGAGUGGAGACCCAGCAUCAGCCCCAUGGAGGUCUGGUUCAGGAGCUCUUCCUGGGGGACGUGCACACGGAUUGGACAAAGAGGACGUACUAUCGACCAGCGGGUUACCAGCAACCACUGCAGAAUGCUAUGCACCACAUCCACCCCUGCCCGGCGUGCGCCCUGGUGUUCCGGGCUUCGGAACAACGCCCCCCAGUGUUUCCCCGUGUCCCUGCAUCGGCCCCUCCAUCUCUGGACGGCCGCUGGGUGAGCCAACGCUGCGAAGCCCGGCCCGCCGUCCUCUUCCUCACCCGAGACUUCACCUUCCGCCCAGAUGAGCACUCCUGGGAAGGCUUCUACCGCCACUACUCGGACCCCUCCUGCAGCCAGCCCACCUUCACCCUGCAGGCCUCGGGCCACUACGCUCAGGGAGACCCCUCGGCCAAGGUGGCGGGAGGCACCGAGUUCGUCUUCAAGGUGACCUGGGUCAGUGUCACCAUCCUGGAGGGGGCCACGGCCAGGGUGCUCAACGAGACCCGGCGGGGAAGCUGCGGGAAGGCGGGGGGCUGGGAGGUGGGGGUGGAGCAAGACGUGACCCCCACGGAUGGGUGUACCAUCCUGGGGAUCAAGCUGCCGCACAAGGAGUACGAGCUGUUCAAGACGGAGAUGGACCAUCGACGGCGCCCUCUGCUGUUCAUCGGUGAGAGGCCGACGGAUGGCUCCAGCCCUGACCGGCCCCAGAAGAGGCCCACAUCUUACCAGGCCCCCAUGGUGCAUUGUGGCGAGGAGGACGCCCCCACGUCGUAUCACCACACCAACCAGCUCAAGCUAGCAGCUAGUGGAGCCAAGAACCUGCCAUGGCAACCAAGCUUUGUCCUAGUCCUGGUCUCUUUAGUGUGGGUUUGAUGCUGUGUGUUCUAGAGACAAACUGAACGAUGGCGGAACUGCUCACAGUGUAUGAGGAAGCUCCAUGUGCUCCUCCUCAAUAUCAAGAUAACGGCAGACCACAUAAUAGAUGGCUUUUCAGGAGAGAAUGAUUUGUAAAGGAUGGUACUCUAACUAUGUUCAGCAACCUGAACAUGUCAAUCAUAUGACAAUGACAUCAGCAGUUUUGAUGCUCUUGACGUUGUGUAAAAGUAAACUGAUGAACAUUCAACAAGUGUCAACAACUGUCAUUCCGAUGAUAUUCCAGUGAACAAUAUGUACAAGAAAACUGUACAUACACUGACUGUGUAUACAAGUUGCAUAUCUAUCAUAUUAUAUACCAUACAUGCAUCACUUUGUUUUCUUUUACACCAGAGAUGCCUUUUGGCAAAUGCUUAAGACUCAUCAGAGCUCCUUUCUCAAAAUAGUUAUUUUCCCUUCAAAUUACAUAAUGUAGUAUAUUUUCUAAUAAACAAAGGACAAAAAAAACAAGACCAAUAUUGACUUCAGAUUGUGCAAAUCAGGAACUGGAUAUCAAAGAGGAAACACAAACGUGUGUCUCAUCAACAGCUCCUAAUCUAAUGUGUUCAUUUUUGAUGGAGGAAAACCACACCUGACAAGUGCACUAAUUGGACCCUAGUUUACAAUGCUAUCCUACAAACCAUAUUUAUUGUCAUUGUUAAAUUAAUUGUUAUAUUAAAAGGGAAGAUAUUGCUGUAAUUAUUGCAUUGUUUUUGUGUUUUUAAAUGUUAUUUACAGUCUGUCCUGCUUCUUUCUCGUAUUUCUAAAUAUCUACAUCUAUCAUAUUGAUUUACUAACCAGCUGCAUGAGAAAUCAUUUCUAUCAUGGUACAUUAAAGUCAAUCUUCUAAAAUAAAAAAAGAGCUGGCUGUGAAAUUAAUAAUUAAUAAUGAUUGUGACAUGAAUAAUAAUGAAUCAUAAUAAUAAUAAUAAAGAAUAUUUAAGAAUUGAGUGUGAAAUAUUCAUCCUUAAGGCGAAACAGUCACUUCAGUACUACAGUAAAUGCUGGAUUCUCCAAUCUAACAGGCUUUCCAAACAAAUGGUCCAAGUUUGAAAGCCCAGAUGCUAGACAUGAGUGCUUCCAUGUGAGAACUAACUGUCAUCUGGCUCACACAAGAAGCAUUGCUAUCUAGCUCUAACUUCUGGAGCAUAACUCACUGAGUAAAACACAGAGUAAUAUCUGGUUGGAGGCAUUUGAUUAGAAUGCUCACAGUUAAGCCAGCCUAUAACACAAUGUACCCAUACUCUGCAAAAGGAAAAUUAUUGCGAUUUGUAAAUAAUGUAGAUAAUAUUUUAGCUAGAAGAUAAUUUGUAAUAGACAGGAAACUUGGGUAACACUUUAUAAUAACUGUCAUGAAUUAACAAUAAAUCGUGUAACUAAACUUUUAAGUAUUUCAUUAUUUGUAAACCUUUAUAAACAAUUAUAAACAUUAUAACUGUAUGAUGUAUGACGAUUUAUACUGAAAAAAAAUAUAAACGCAACAUGUAAAGUGUUGGU